AAUCAGUUUGCAUUCACACUCUAUGGUCUUUCUAUUCUAGUGCACAAGGAACAGAGGAGGGAUUUUUAGACAUUGGUUAGCUAGCUUAACAGCAGUAUGGUGAGUGCUCUACUGCUGUGCUAGCUUUAAAUGAAAUCCAUUUUUUAACUCAAUUAAGUUUAGCUGUAUGUAAUUAGCACAUACUGUAUAUAUACUAAAACUAACUUUUACUGGAUACACCACAUCAUGGGUUCUAAGCAAAGCAAAGAUAAAAUGUAUUGCAACAGGUAUUUAAAUGGGAAUGGACCCCCUUCAUUGGAAGACCAAGUUGCAGAAUCUACCAAUAGACCUAGUAAAAAAAUAAACUCUAAAAUAGUAAAUGGAAACCAGCCAGAUGAUGGACGGAUGUCAAUAACGAGGCUGAGGAGGAAUGUGGAAGGAUAUCCAGACUGUGAUGCCAUACAGAUGAACUUUGAAUUUGACGAUGGAAUACAGGCGGAAAAUCAUCCUAAUCCCGGGCAGAAGUACUAUGGUCUUAAAACCGAGGCCUUUGUGCCUCACAACCAUAAGGGAAUAAAGGUGUACCGGCUGCUUGAUAAAGCAUUCCGGCACAAGCUGCUGUUUAAAGUGGCAACCACUAGUUCCGGAGAAGAAAGAGUUACCUUUACUGACAUUCCAUUAAAAACCAAGGUGGAAGGAGGACAUGACAGCUUCAGCUAUCCAGACCCAAAAUAUCUGCCAAAGGUGACAAAGAUCCUGAUCUCUAAAGGGCUCAAAUAAGAAGGAAAGUUGGACAAUGAACAAUAUUCAAGCCCAAAAUAUGAACUAUGGAGUGUGGGUAGGAUUUAGUAACAUGAUGUCCAAGACUGCUAAUGUUAAGGUAAAAAAAAAAUAGGCUUAUACUGUAUGUGGUGUAAAACAAAUGCCUAGUUAGAGUUAUAAAGAUUUUGGAAUUUCCAAUUAGAUAACAUCUGGAUUGUUCCAAUAUAAUAAAUUAAUUUCUUAUUUAACUAAAGUCUGGGUAAAAUUUUGAGGUAUUACUGUAAAAGAUCAUGUACUGUAGAACUAAGAAAAAUAUAGAGCGUUAUUUUUUAACCCUCUAUACAGUGUUUACAGAGAACUCUGUCAUAUCUGAUAUAGAUGGUAUUUUCUUUAACACGUUUUGUUAAGUAGUAUAGAAUGUUGUUGAUCAAUUGACUAUUUGACUGAAUGUGAUAAGAAAACACAUAGUUUAUACUGUACAAUGCAGGUUAUUUAGUCUCCAUUGAUACUUGUUCGAAUCCCUCUUCCUCUCUUCAAUAUUUCUAGUAGUUUAUUUUUCUAGCACAGUUUGUAUAACCUUGCAAAAUUCUCCAUUUGUA